CAUAGUAGGAUUGAUGCACUCGUGGGCGGGCUGCACUAGAACAGUGUGCAGAACUGUAUUUUAGGUUGUGACUUCUAACCUAAUCAAUCAACGCAGACCCGUUAUAUUAGAAGAAAUGGAGGACACGAAGCCCGAGGAGACGAAUGUGGAGGAGCAGAAAGAUGAGGAGAAUAAGAUCUGUCCAGAGAAACUGGAAGAAGCCAAACUGAAGGCCAAAUACCCUCACUUGGGUAAUAAACCCGGAGGAUCCGAUCUGCUCAGAAAAAGACUGCAGAAGGGGCCAAAGUACUUUGACUCGGGCGACUACAACAUGGCGAAGGCCAAGAUCAAGAAUAAGCAGCUUCCAGCGGCACAGACGGAGAAGGCCGAGAUCACGGGAGACCACAUCCCCACCCCUCAGGACCUGCCGCAGAGGAAACCCUCUCUGGUGGCCAGCAAACUGGCUGGCUGAUACCUGCUGCUGUCCUGUACUCCACACUCCCACUUCCUGUCUCUUCAUCCACAUUUAUCUCUGAUCCUGCAUUCCUGCCCUCAUCCUUUCUCAUUUCCUGUCCUCUGAAAAUACACUGAAUAUUCAAGGGUUGCAGAUGUUACAGAGCUGUACUGCCGCACUGUGAGAUGGGUUGGGUCGUGGCUUCGAAGGGGGUGAAGUUCUCAAAGGUCUUCUGAUAUUUUAACGUGUCGUAGUAUGUAGUUGAAAGUGUACAUAUUUACUAGUAAGUGAAGGCAAACAGCAUUUUAGAAGAUGUUUUGCAUUUUAAUUGUAACCAUUCCUGAAUUACCUACUGCUUAGAGGACUAGGUCACCCAAAAAUGAAAAUUCUGUCAUUUACGCCUCCUGUAUGACUUCCGGUGAACGCAAAAGGAGAUGUUUAGUGGAAUGUCAAAGCUGCUCUUUUUCAAACAAGUGUUAUGAAAGUUGUUAAAUAAUUGCCUGAUAAUAACUGUACUUUGUUGCAAAGAUGUUGUACGACGCCAAGAUAACCGACAUUCUUAUCUGAGCUGGACAGCGCACCUCAGCAGUGUUGCAAAGUCCGUAGUUCUCCAGUGGAAUUGGGCUACUUUUACACUGUUGCUGCUGGGUUUUUUUUUUUUUAUGUCUGCAGGUUGAAGCGACACCAGUAAUGAAAUAUUUAACCUCUGAAAUACUAAUUUCACCAGCGGAACUCUGCCAAAAAAAAAUUGUUUUCCCCACCGUACAUAGGGGACCCUCCUCAAAACAUGAUUGGGCUACUUUUGGGCGAGUUUUGAGUAGCAGUUGGGCAGGUUUUGUUGUGAAACCAUGGUAGCCCUGCUCCUUAGUGUCAAAAUGGCUUCAAUGGCCAGAAGCUGAGCAUUACUGUUACUGUUUACAGAAGCCAAGUGUGAAUUCCAGCAGAGAGCUUCCGAUUUAGCGGUCAAAAAGUGAGAUGUAACUAGAUCAUCAUUUGACAGCUGUGUUGCCAUGCUUAUAUUUUGAGUCUUCUGAAGCCAUACAAUAAUUGUUUGGGGGAAUAGACUGAAAUUUUGAAUUUUUCCUUUCCAUAGUUUUCAAAUCCCAUUAAUGCUUGCGUUCAAUUCAAAACAUUCAAAUGACGCAUUACAAUCAGCCAUGAGAAACUGUGCAAGCAGUGGCAUUUGGCGUUGAUGCAAAAGCACCAUCAAAUGUUAGAAUAUGCAUGAGCGCAAAUGAGAUUUGAGAGCAUUUUUAGCAAAUUACAACACAAGUUGUUGCAUAGCUUCAGAAGCCUAAAUAUAGGAUCCAAAGAAAGUCAUGUGCGGUUGAAACAAAAUAAAGGCAAGUAAAUGGCCAGAAUUUUCUUUUCCGUGUGAACUUUUCCAUUUAUGGAGUUAAGUGCUUGAAUCAAUGAAUUGAAAGUAAUCUCUAAUAAUGUGGUUGAUCUGCACCCCGUUUCUUUCAUGAGAAUGCUUGUUUCUUUUUGUCAUGUUUCAGCUUUAAGUGGAGGGCACAUGUUUGAUAGCAUGUACAGUAAUGCAUAUGUGAGGCUGCUGUCAUCUUGCCUUGUAACAUAGAGCUUAAAGCCUUACACCGAUGUAGUGCCAACGCACAGAUUGGCAAGCAGUUCUGUAACGCCACACGUUCCUUUUGUACAUCACUUGUGUCUGGUUGUAGACUCCAGGCGGUGAGGAUGCUUCUCCAUCUUCUGGUGUGUAAUAAACUCCAUGAGAUCUCCUGUACAUUGUCUUCUAUGCAGAGGAGGGAGAGACAGCUGCCUGUCGGCUCCUCACAUCACAUCGUCGCACUACAGUAAACUGUCCACGGUUUGCAUGAGCAUAAACUGUGGCCGCUUUUGAGCCAUUUGGACUUGUAAAUAAAAUAGUUUUGCAAACCUUC